CCGAAGUUCAUUAGGCAACUCUGUUCCUGGCCCCGACGCAGCUCUAGACUCUUCAAAAACUAACCAGCAAGAUGCCCACUGCAAUGGAAGACGCGAGUAACAAGGCACGCAGGUGCAUCAAUAACCCGAAAAUGCUGAUUACUUACCUGUGGUUCGUCACGAUGCUCUUCGGCUUCAUGUACGCGAUCGCUGCCAUCGUCGCGGCUGUCAACAAUGACGGCGAAGGGGAAAGCGACUCCAAGUCGCUGGGCUUUGUGGGCGUCUGGGCAAUGAUUCUCAUCGUGGCACUGUCGGUCGGAGGCACGAUGGUGAUGCGCAAGCACCAGACCCCGCUGGCAGUGGGCUUCCUUAUUGGCGUCGUGCUGAUGAUGUCUCUACAGAUGUUCUCGCUAUCAAUCAUCUUCGCGGGCGCCGCUUAUCUGGCCCGUAUCGAACGUGCAAAGGGCGACGAGCACACCAACGUGCACUCCAACGAGGCCGGCUCCGUCUUCUCGUUCUUCAUGUUCGUCUGCUACCUGGCUUUCACCAUUGUGCUGGUGCGCCACCGCAAUAUUGUCAUAAAGGAGGGCGUAAAUUUGGACCCAAAUGCCAUCAACAACGACAUCGAGAAGAACCCAGCGGGCACCGGCAGCAACAUGACCACUACCACCACGGCCACGUCUCCUCGCGUCAUCCGCACGGACGUGGAUGCCCAGCCACUGGCUCCGCCCGUCAGCGUCUAA